AACCGGGAACCGAACCGGGAACGGGAUCGGAACCGGGAACGGGAUCGGGAACGGAACUGGGACACAGCAGCGCCCCCGGACCCGGAACCGGCACCGGAUCGGGAACGGGAACAGACCCGGGAACCGAACCGGGAACAGAACCGGGACCCAGCAGCGCCCCCGGACCCGGCACCGGACCGGGAUCGGGAACGGGAUCGGAACCGGGAACCGAACCGGGAACCGAACCGGGAACGGGAUCAGAACCGGGAUCGGAACCGGGAACAGAACAGGGAACAGAACCGGGAACCGAACCGGGAUCGGAACCGGGAUCGGAACCGGGAACAGAACCGGGAACCGAACCGGGAACGGGAUCGGGAACGGGAUCGGGAACGGAACCGGGAUCGGGAACCGAACCGGGAUCGGGAUCGGGAACGGGAACAGAACCGGGAACGGGAUCGGGAACGAAACCGGGAUCGGGAACGGAACCGGAACCGGGAACGGGAUCGGGACCGGGAACGGGAACAGAACCGGGACCCAGCAGCGCCCCCGGACCCGGGACCGGGACCGAACCGGGAUCGGGAUCAGAACCGGGAACGGGACCGGGAACGGGAACCGAACCGGGAACGGGAUCGGAACCGGGAACAGAACCGGGAACGGGAUCGGGAUCGGGAACGGGAACAGAACCGGGAAUGGGAAUGGAACCGGGAACGGGAACAGAACCGGGACCCAGCAGCGCCCCCGGACCCGGCACCGGAACCGGAACGGAACCGGGAUCGGAACUGGGAACGGAACUGGGAACCGAACAAGGACCCGGGACAGAACCGGGAUCAGAAGCGGGAAUGGGAACGGAACCGGGACCCGGAACCGAACUCGGACCCGGAAUGGAAGCAGGAACCGGAUCAGAACCAGGAGCCGGAACCGGGCCGGGAACGGGACCGGGAAUGGAAUCGGAACUGGAAACGGGAACGGAACCGGGAACGGAGCCGGGAACAGAAACGGAACCGGGAACUGGAGCAGAACCGGGAGUGGAACCGGGACGGUCGGGAGCAGAACCGGGACCGGGACAUCGAAGGGGGUCAGGACCGGGACCGGAACCGGGGCCCCGAACCGGGUCGGAACCGGCACCGGGAGCGGGCCGGGAGCCGGGGGGCAGCGGGCCGGGCAGCGCCGCCAGCCCGUACACGUUGCUCUGCGAGCCCAGGCGGCUGAAACUGUCCUCGACCAACGGGCACCGGGACCAGAGCGACAUCACGGAACCGGGACCGGGCCGGGACCUGCGGGGAACCGGGACACAACCGGGACAGGGAGCGAACCGCGCCAGGCAGCGCCGCGGGCAG